AUGGGCCCCCCUAAGCCUCCAAUGCCACACGUGGCUCCUAUCUAUCGCAUUACAGCUACCGCUCUUGGUGCCGGCAUGUGGUUCUGGUUAAUGUAUAGAGCUAAGAAGGACGGUGCCGUGUUAAUUGGCCGAAAGCAUCCCUGGGACCACUGA